UGGCCACCCUAUUUUCCUCAGGACGUUCAAACUACAACUCUAACAUUUCCAUAUCCAAGGCUUAUUUCUCAAUAUCAACCACACCCACAAAAAUGGAGAUGAAGAAGAUUGCCUUGGCCGUCCUCAUGGUUGCAGUCUGCAUGUCCGCAGCUAUGGCUGCCGGAAGCCUGAAGGUCGGUGCCCCCGUGGAGGCUCCUUCCCCCUCAGCUACCACCGCCGCAUCUGCUCCGACACCUAGUGGCUCCAUUGCAAACAUGCCCGUCGUUGGAUCUAUGGUGGGAGCUUCACUCUUGUCCUUGUUGGCCUUUUACUUGCACUAAAUGUGUCUAAUCAACUGAUCAAAAGGAGGAUGUCUGCGUGUAACUAAUUAUUAUAUGUUCCAAUAAAUGAAGCUAUUUAUUCUUGGUGUUUUAUC